AUGCCAACUAAAACUGAUAAUGCCAACAGCUGUGGCAUGUCUCCCAACACUGAUGAUGAUUCACAGCGUGAGACUUACGCAACCUUCAUGGGUGAGAAUCCUGACGACGACCACAGUCGCCUUCUCAACUACACCACACAGCUCUUGAACAAUCUAGAGAGUCAGCGCCAACAAGAAGAUUUCCAGGAAGACGACGAGGAUGCUCUCGACUUUCGUUAUGCCUGGAAGCAGUACUCGAGCCAUCAAAAAGGCCGGGCGACGGAUGCCCAACUAGAAGAUAUCUCUAUGAACGAUAUUGCUGAAGAAGAAGAAGAGAGCCAAGAAGACGCAAAGAGUCAUUGCUCUUCAUCCGUUGUUGCGGACAGUGUCGACUCCGAGGAUUGGGCACAUGAAAAAGAAAGAGCCAUUCUAUCUGGAAUCAUCUUCUGGGUCAUUAUGCAGCAAGCCAUGAAGUAUGGUUUCGCAGCCUACAUUAAAGUUUCCAGCUACCUCUCCAGGUGCUUUGAUAAAUGUGGUGGUAAGAAGAACGGCAGAGACAAUGAUGACAACCAAGAUCUGGUCAAUGACCUGGCCGACAACAACGACAUAACAGGCAACACACAGAGACCUACCAAUGCACAAGGCAACGCAUCUGGAUCGAGUGGUGGUGGCGGCGGCGGAGGAGGUGGUGGCAUGGUAGCGGUCCCCCCAGGUGUAGCAGAAAUGGCCUCUGCUGCUGCUAAUUCUGCUGUAGGCAGUGCUGCCACUGGGGCUGCCACUGUCACGGCUGCCUCUGCAGUCACUGUAUCAGGAAUCACUGGGACGAUUGCCGCUGCUAUUGCCGGGGCCAGUGUGGCAACCCAAGCCGGAGUCGUGGUGGGAGUGGCAGCAGUCUCUGCGGCUGCAGUUUCCACAGGAUUUGGUGUCAGUUCUAGUCAAACAGGGCCCGCUGCCACACCAGGAAAUGUGUCCAUUGGGUAUGAUCCUACAUCAGAUGUUUUCACUCCGCCUACCUGUGCUGACGCCAACUUGGCCGAGGAAAAGAUUGGAUUUGUGGAACUCAAUAUCCAAGCACUACCUCCACAAGCCCUUCCACAGCACAAGCAUAUUCUGGAGGAACUGUUUCGAGAUGUCUACAAUGAAAUAUCGGGAAUGUGCCUAGAUCCUAUGUCGAGAAUCAUGCACUCUGCCAACAUCACUCGGUGGGAGACUGAUUGGGGGAACAGUACCAACUAUGACUAUGUUACCAAUGCAACCAAUGUUACCAAUGUCACUGUCGACGAACAGCUACAAGCCAACCGUCAACGGCGAUUCCUCCGACAAUUUGAUUUGAGAGAGUUCUUUGCUCUGUUUGCCGCAUCCUUCAGCUACAACCUAGCACCUUAUCUACAGGCCAAUGGUAUCAUUCCAGUAAAUGUGACCAUUGUCACAGACUAUGACCAACAAGAAAUCAAAGUGGUUGCUGGCAGAGCCACAGCAGUACAAGCUGAUGGGGCUGUCGAAGAAGGGGAAGUUGUACUCGUUGUGACACUUGAUGCAAUUCAAGGUACUUCAAUAGAGGUGGAGGACAAUGGAGGGACUCCAGUGGCACCAUUUGUGAGUGAUCGUCUAUCAGAUAUUGAAGGUUGUCUCGAGAAUGGAUCAGGGGAUGUAGACGGAGGUGCCUCGUCAGAGUCACGGUUUUGUGACACAAUCAUGGAAGUAGCUGAAGCCGCUGGUGUGGAGCCUGAGACUGUUCUGGAUUGUGCCAAUAAUCCAACUUCUUCUGAGGAGUGUCAAAGGCUAUUGCCAGGCUUACUCUUGGAAGUAUCUUCUGAUUCAACCGGUGAUCCUGGCGAUGAAGAUGGUGGGUCUGGUCUAGGUGCAUCGCCAACAGCUGUGGAUGUGGCGAAUCCUCCUGACGCCGAACAACUAGACUCUAUGGCAAGUGCACCCACAUCACCGACUGUGCAGAACCCAACACCACUCAAUCCUGGAACAGAUGCAGCAACACCCGCAGCUGCUCCUAUUUCUGGACAGCACACUUCUUCCAAUGCCAGUCCCACCGAAGUCAUAGAUGCAUCAAGUCCAUCCAACCCUAGCACAGAAGGUGAUCCUUCACCAGUUGCUACUCUUGUCACAGAAGCUGGUGGUUUGCCAUCCAUGAGUGCACCUGCCAACCCAAACUUUGAUGCAGCAGGUCAAGCUCCGAAACAGCCCUCAGAGGCAGCCAGCCCCACCUACGGAGCUGCGCCCACUAUGCAACCAUAUCCUUUGCUAUCAGCCUCUGGGUCGCCCCCUCAUAGUACCCCUUCUGAGGAGAAACCCAUGGCUCCCAAUGUUGCACCGCCUCCAUCGGUAUUGACAGUUCAUGCUGGUACUGCAUCCCCUGUUUUCAAUGGCUCUCCCUCCACUCAAAAUACUCCUAGCACAACACCUACAGAUUCAACCUAUGCUGACAGAGGGAACCCAACUGCUGAUACAGGUGGUGAAGGGCUUGCAGCAGCCCCUUCCAUUAACAACCCAAGUCCAUCCAUGAAGAGCCCAACAGCUGCGGGGUCACCAAUGUCUGCUGGCAUUCCAUCUAAUCCAAUUGCUGACUCUCCAACUGCUAUUGGCAGUUCCCCUAUCGUGGUCAACACUGGCAUUUCUGCUCCAACCAGUAGCAGCACCCUCACAGGGGCUCCAAACAGUAGCAGUACCCAUGUGAGCCCCACAGUUGUCAUCCCCACAAGUGAAAAUCCAACAGCUCCAAACAACCCUACCAGUGACUCUACAUGA